AUGGACGCCACUGACGACUCCUAUCUCUGCUUCCCCAACCUCAACUCCUCCUGCAGACGCCUGCUACGACCACAGUCUGAGACCACUCUGCUCUACACGCUGCUCUUCUUCGUUUCUCUGCUGACCGUGACUCUCAACUCACUUGUCGUCUUCUCCAUCUCCCACUUCCGGCAGCUCCAGACUCCGACCAACACCCUGCUGCAGUCUCUGGCGGUGUCUGACCUGCUGCUGGGGCUGCUGGUGAUGCCUGUUGAAGGCCUGCGCUACAUAGAGACAUGCUGGCUGCUGGGGAGGCUCAUGUGUGCUCUGAGCCCCUAUGUAUUUUACUGCCUGAUCUCUGCUUCUUUGGGCCACAUGGUGCUCAUAUCCAUUGUUCGUUAUCUGACUAUCUGUGACCCGCUGCAGUACUACUCCAAGAUCACCAUGACUAACGUUAAAAUCUGUAUCUGUCUCUGCUGGACCUCGUCGUUAUUCUAUAACGGCUUACUUCUAAUGGAGCACAUGUGGCACCCUGACAGCAUCAGCUCCUGCCACGGCGAGUGUGUGGUGGUCAUUAACUACAUCUCAUCGACCGUUGACCUCUUUGUGACCUUUGUGGCACCCUGUACUGUCAUGGCUGUGCUGUACAUGAGGGUGUUUCUGGUAGCUCUGUCUCAGGUGCGUGUAAUUCAGUCACAGACCGCUGCUUCCAGUGUCAGAGCGGCUCCAACAGCCAAGAGAUCGCAGACGAAGGCAGCCAGGACUCUGGGGAUUCUGAUAGUUGUGUUUCUAAUGUGUUACUGCCCUUAUUACUACCCUACAUUUUUAGGUGAAGACACCUCCACGAGGUUGUCUUAUUACUCCAUACUAACUUGGAUUGAGUUGUUGAAUUCUUGUUUGAACCCUCUGAUUUAUGCUCUGUUCUAUCCCUGGUUUAGAAAAGCUAUUAAGCUCAUCUGUACACUGAAAAUACUGCAUGCUCACUCCCAGGAGGUCAUGAUACUAUAACCAAAAUGCAAUGUAUCAAUAAAUGGUAACUCUUCAAAGCAGCGUCCCACUUCUAACCAGAUUUACACAAAUGUCUGUGUCUUUACACAAUAGAAGUCGUUUCUUAAUAUGACUUAUUAAUGUCAGUCCACUGAAACUCUCUAUGAACUACUGAACAUUUCCACUGAUGCUUAAGAUGUGAUUAAGUCU